AUGGCAUCAGAGUUUUAUUUAGGCGAAGCAUUAUCAUCUUAUUUUCGAGACUUUUAUGAUCAAAGAAUACUUAUAUCUAUCUAUUUAUUGUUUCCUUUAAUUUUGAUCUUCUUUUUGCUUAGUCUAAGGUAAUUGAUGAUAUUAUUAAAGAGAUUUGGAAAAGCUUGAAAAUUAAGAGACAUAUGAUAUGUAACAUACACGAUAUUAACCUAAUAUAUAUAAUAAUUUAGUGAAUUAAUGGACUAGAUAAGGAAUUGAAAAUUUGAAAAAAGAUGAACGUUAUAUUGAAUGGUAAUUAUAAAAAGAGAGGGAAAAUGAAAGAAGAUCCUAAGAAUCAAGUAAAUUAUCUUUUAGAUAAUUAUCAUAAUGA